UUUACUCGAUUUUUCGAAAUUAUUAAAAAUCCAAGUACAACAAUGUGCUGAUAUACAUAUAUUUAUAUUUGCCAUAUUAAUAUAAAUUUCAAAAUUAAUUAGCAAGUACUGAGUUUAAUUAUGCAGCGAUAAAUUUCUGCGGUUAAAGUCAACCAAAGACAUAAUGACAGCUAAGUACUAGAACAAGUAUCAUGUUAUUCAUUUUAUCCACUUCCCGCCUCUGUAAACUCUGUAAACACUCGGCAUGCAUACCCAGGAUCAUAAGUUCAGCUUACACAGCGAGACCAGCGACAAAAGAGUCAGCUCCAAAAGAAGAUCCUUGGAUAUCGUUAUCACCCAACUGGAAAUCAUCUCUCAAGUCAAUAAAUCCAUCAGUUCUGGUACCUCCUGACGCAGUAUUAUCUAGUCCGCUGGAAAAUAAUAAUGUAGAAAGUAAUAGGAAAAUAAAACAAAAGCUGCCAGAACCUGAAUGGCGGGUUAUUGAAUUAGACUAUUCGAAAUUACACAAAUAUUGUCUGAUGUUAUCGAAAAUACGGCUGACAUCUCUUGUGGUGAUAACGACAAUGGGAGGCUACGCCUUAGCACCUGGUGUUUUUGAUCCGAUGACUUUCGCCAUGUGUGCACUGGGAACUGGAAUGGUAUCAGCGACCGCAAAUUCCAUUAACCAGUUCUUCGAAGUACCCUUUGACUCCCAGAUGUCGAGGACGAAAAACCGUGUUCUUGUUCGCGGGCACUUGACCCCUGGGCAGGCGAUUAUUUUCGCAGGACUAUCGGGCGUCGCUGGGCUAUCUCUGCUCUACUUUCAAGUUAAUGGUUUAACAACCGCUCUAGGCGCCGCUAAUUUAGUACUGUACACUCUUGUUUAUACACCGAUGAAGAGGUAUUCCAUUUGCAAUACUUGGGUCGGCUCUAUAGUUGGUGCUAUACCACCUCUGAUGGGCUGGGCAGGUUGCGCAGGUGACAUUCUCUCACCCGGUGCAUGGAUAAUGUCAGGAAUUCUUUACGCCUGGCAGUUCCCGCACUUCAACGCACUCUCCUGGAACCUAAGAUCCGACUAUUCACGCGCCGGAUACCGCAUGAUGGCUGUUACCAAUCCUGAGCUUUGUCGUCGAACUGCUCUGAGGUACACAGCAGUUGUUGCGGGUCUCUCCUACCUAGCGCCGGUUCUAGAUGUCACCCACUGGUGGUUUGCUGCAUUCUCUACACCUCUGAAUGCAUAUUUUCUCUACCUAGCAUGGAAUUUUUAUAAACAAUCAGACAGCGCAAGUUCUCGGAAACUGUUUCGUUUCUCGCUGAUCCACCUGCCAGCGCUGAUGCUCUUGCUCCUGCUGAGCAAAAAAAACUGGAGCAGCAAAACAAACAGCGACAAACAAGACAUAAUCAACGCAUCUACCGCCGUGGAUCCUAAGAAAAAUCCUCCCAUUGUUGGCAAUCUCGCAGGCGUAUUCGCAACCUCUGCGUAGUUACCGUAGCGGUAUCCACCCAGAACUUCUUGUACAUGUGUAAAAUAAUUAUUAUUUAUUGAUUAACAUAUUCAAUAAUCAUAGACGACCUUG